AUGAACUUUCCAAGGCACGACAUGCCAGGCAUGGAUAUGGGCGACUCCUCCUCCGGCUCCUCGUCAUCCUCGCACGGGUCAAGCAUUAUGACCAUGGUCUUCCAAACCGAAACACGCACGCCGCUCUACGCCAACUCGUGGACACCAAAUAAUGCGGGUUCCUAUGCAGGAACAUGUAUAUUCUUGGCCGUGCUUGCUAUUAUUGCGCGCGCCCUUGUCGCAUUCAAAGCGGUCCAGGAAGCUCGCUGGCUUGAUCGCGAAGCUGCACGCCGUUACGUGGCUGUCAAUGGCAAGAUCCCCUUGUCGGAGCAGAUAGCUUCUAGCCCGGACGCGCGCCGCAUGACACUCUCGGAGAACGGCCUUGAAGAAACCGUCGUCGUCGUGGAAAGGAAACGAGCAGCGACGAGACCGUGGAGGUUCAGUGUUGACCCGGUUCGGGCAUGCCUUGAUACCAUGAUCGUCGGGAUUGGAUAUCUCCUCAUGUUGGCCGUUAUGACGAUGAAUGUCGGCUACUUCCUCUCCGUCCUGGCUGGUGUCUUUGUUGGCAGUCUAGCUGUCGGUCGAUACAUACCAACAGUCGAGCAUUAG